AUGACAAUGACAGAGGGAAGGACAGCAUUACUCAUAGCUGCUAAAUUUGCAGGAAAUUCUUCAGACGUUUUCGAAGUUUUACUCAAAAACGGAUGUAAUCCAAAUGAAAAAGACAGAGAGGGGAGAACAGCUUUACACAUAACUGCAGCAGAAAAAAAUGCUAACCCAAUUGUUUUUCAAGUUCUACUACAAAAUGGCUGUGAACCAGAUCAAAAGGACAAUAAGGGAAGAACAGCGUUGCACAUAGCUGCUUCGACCGAAAAUGAUAAUUCAGAUGUUAUUAAAGUUUUACUAGAAAAUGGCUGUAAACCAGAUGAAAGAGACAAAAAGGGGAGAACAGCUUUGCACUUAGCUGUUUCAAGAGAGAGAGAAAAUCCAGAAGUAAUUCAAGCUUUACUAAAAAAUGGCUGUAAACCAGAAGAAAAAGACAGAGAGGUUUACUAUCUUAAAGGACAGGAGGGGGUUUUAGAAGGAUAA